UGCCGGACGAAAUAGGAAAGUAGUCAACAUCUCCAUGGACAGAUUAAGGAAACAGUCCAUUCUGUCUAUUCCAUACGACGAGGAAGGACUGUGCUGUGCCAAAGCUAUUGUUUAUGCCUUGGCGCAUUUGAACAAGGACACGAGGGCCAUUAAUGCAUUGAGAGAUCGGCGUAAUCCAACUCUGAUGAACCGCGCAAGGGAACUUCAUUUGGAUGCGAAUGUAUCUUUAGGCCCUUGCACUUUUGUAGAAAUUGCCAUAUUUGAAGAGCACUUGGACACACAAAUUGCAGUGUUCUCUUCGGAAAAUUUGAAUAGGGUGGUCUAUAAAGGCAAAGAGAGGCCUCAACGGAUCAAUUUGUGGCUCCACGAUGGACAUUACGACGUCAUCAAAUCUCUGAAAGGAUUUUUCGGCAGCAACCAUUAUUGCACAACCUGUGAAAAGGCCUACCAAAUGCCUGAAAGUCAUAGAUGUGCCAAUGCCUGUCCCAUAUGCUUGAGGACCGACUGCUUUCCGGGCCAGCCCCAACGAUGCCAGAAUUGUGAUCGCCUUUGCCGAUCCCAUGCCUGCUUUGAAGCACACAAAGCCCUGACUGGAAAUCAAGAAUUUUCGCUUUGCGAUAGAGUAUACCAGUGCAGAGAAUGCUGCCAAGUGAUCCGGAGGCGGGAUUGCCCUAAAGAGCUUCACAGAUGUGGAACCACCAAGUGUCCGUCCUGCGGCCAGUUUGUCGUGGCUGCUGAGCACCGUUGUUAUUUGCGACGUGUUCCUCCGAAGAAGUCUGAUGACAAGUUCAUUUUCUUUGACUUUGAAAUGGACCAGUCUUCGGGGGAGCAUCUCGUAAAUUCCGCGGUGGCUCAGUAUGCCGACGGCACAGAAAAGUGUUUCCGGGCUACACGGCAUGCCAAGAUUUCUGCGCCUGGCUGUUCACCUACACAGCACAAGGGCUUCACCGCCGUGGCACACAACAUGAAAGGGUUUGACGGACAGUUCGUGAUGGCCUGGCUCCUGGAGCAAGGCACAGCGCCGGAGGUGAUCCCUAACGGGUCUAUGAUCAUGAGUGUAAGACACCCGAGUCUCAACAUUCGGGUCAUAGACUCGUUAAACUUUUUACCGAUGGCGUUGGCCAAACUACCGGGGUGCUUCGGUCUCAGCGAGUUAAAGAAAGGAUACUUCCCUCAUCUCUUUCAACUCGAGGGAAAACCAGAGUUAUGUCGGACCGCUGCCUGA